CCGGCACCGGCCCCGGCGCGGCCGGAGCCCUACAGCCUCCCUGGGUCCUGCCUGAGCAGGCCUGUUUGGCGAGCUGGGACAUGUCUGGCCCCAGAGGACCAUCAGUGGGCGAUGGCUGCAGCAUUGGAGGGGCUGGAGCCAGGGGAAGCCACUGCAGAGGAUGCUGCAGAAAGACCAGCCGUGCAGGCUGUCGGUUCCGGGAUUGGCACACCAUCUCUUUUGGCUGGGAACCAGCUAAAUUUGGACCUGUACCCUGGGGGCUGCCGCCGGCUGCUACACCUCUGUGCCCAGCAGCACCUGCAGCUCCUGCAGGUAGAGUUCUUGCGGCUCAGCACCCACGAGGACCCUCAACUGCUGGAGGACACACUGGCCCAGGUGCCGUGGAGCCUGCUGCGCCUGCGCUCUCUGGUCCUCAAAGGAGGACAGAGCCGGGGUGCCCUGGGUGCCUGCCUCCAUGGCACCCUGACCACGCUGCCUGCUGGCUUGAGUGGCCUGACCCGCCUGGCACACCUAGACCUGAGUUUCAACAAACUAGAGACAUUGCCGGCCUGUGUUCUGAAGCUGCGUAGCCUGGACGCACUACUGCUGUCUCACAACCGCCUCUCAGAGCUACCCGAGGCUCUGGGAACCCUACCCACUCUCACCUUUCUCAUUGUGACACACAACUACCUGCAAAGGCUGCCCACAGCACUGGGGUCCCUGUCUACCCUGCAGCGUCUUGAUCUCUCUGAAAAUCGUCUAGACACCAUACCCCCUGAGAUUGGAGGUCUGAGCAGCCUUAUUGAGCUCAACCUGGCCUCCAACCGGCUGCAAAGCCUCCCGGCCUCCGUUGUGGGGCUGCGGUCUUUGCGGCUCCUCGUUUUGCAUAGCAACAUCCUGACCUCAGUACCUGCUGGCCUGGCCCACCUCCCAAUGCUCACUCGGCUCGACCUGAGGGACAACCAGCUCCGGGACCUGCCCGCUGAGCUACUGGACGCUCCUUUCGUGCGCCUGCAGGGGAACCCCCUGGGAAAGGUCUCUCCACCACCCGUUAGUCCUGCAGACACACUCCAAGUGCCAGAAAUGCCCAGGCUGUUCUUGACCUCAGAUUUGGACAGCUUCCUCGUGACCCCCAAUGGCUGCUCUGUGACCCUGGCCUGUGGCGUCCGCCUGCAGUUCCCAGCGGGGGCCACCACUACACCUAUCACCAUCCACUAUCGACUGUGGCUGCCUGAGCCAGGCCUGGUCUCCCUGGGUCCUCAUGAUUUCCUGCUUAGCGGUGUCCUGGAGCUGCAGCCACAUGGGGUGUCUUUUCAGCAGGACGUGAGCCUGUGCCUGCUCUUUGUCCCCCCACGGUUCCGUCACUGCCGUGAGGUUGUCAUCAGAACCCGGAGUGACAACAGCUGGAGUGACCUAGAGACCCACUUGGAGGAAGAGGCUCCCAAGCGGCUCUGGGCUCGCUGCCAGGUGCUCCACUUCUCCUGGUUCCUUGUGGUUUUGCGCCCUGCAUCUAAUGCCUGCCUGGUGCCACCAGAGGGAACACUGCUGUGCUCCUCAGGUCAUCCUGGAGUCAAGGUCAUCUUCCCCCCUGGAGCUACUGAGGAACCUCGUCAUGUCUCUAUGCAGGUAGUGCGUAUGGCUGGCCGAGAGCUUCGAGCCCUUCUGGGAGAGCCAGAGGCCUCCGUGAGCCCUCUCCUGUGCCUGUCACAGAGCGGCCCACCCAGCUUCUUACAGCCAGUGACUGUGCAGCUACCUCUGCCCCCUGGUGUCACAGGCUUCAGUUUGGACCGUGCCUGCCUGCACCUGCUGUACCAAGCGCCUCCAGCAGACACCUGGGACGACAUCACCACUCAGGUGGCACUGGAGCUCACGCAUCUGUAUGCACGCUUCCAGGUCACACAUUUCUCCUGGUACUGGCUCUGGUACACCACCAAGACCUGUGUGGGGGACCUGGCACGCAAGGCCUGGGAGCGGCUGCGACUACACCAAGUAAACCUCAUCGCACUGCAGAGGCGCCGGGACCCCGAACAGGUCCUACUGCAGUGCUUGCCCCGGAAGAAGGUGGACGCCACCCUGCGGCGGCUGCUGGAGCGCUACCGUGGCCCUGAGCCCUCGGACACCGUGGAGCUGUUCGAGGGCGAGAAGUUCUUCGCCGCCUUUGAGCGGGGGAUCAGCGUGGAUGCUGACCGUCCAGACUGUGUGAGUGGCAGGAUCUGCUUUGUCUUCUAUUCGCACCUGAAGAAUGUGAAGGAGGUGUACAUCACCACAGCUCUGGAUCGGGAAGCUCAGGCUGUGCGAGGCCAGGUGUCUUUCUAUCGGGGUUCAGUACCUUCAGAGGUGCCCCAGGAGGCUGAGGCUGCCCGUCAGAGGAAGGGCACAGAUGCCCUGUGGAUGGCUACUCUGCCCGUCAAGCUGCCGAGACUCCGGGGAUCUGAGAGACGCGGGCGUGGAGCUGGCCUCUCCCUGCUGCCUCUGAACCUUGGCGAUGCUGAGACUGGUUUCCUAACUCAGAGCAACCUGCUGAGUGUGGCAGGACGCCUGGGUUCUGACUGGCAGGCUGUAGCCCUGAACCUGGGCAUGCCCUACCGAGAGCUACAGCGAAUCCGGCAUGACUUCCGAGAUGACCUGGAUGGGCAGAUCCGCCACAUGCUCUUCUCCUGGGCUGAGCGCCAGGCUGGACAGCCUGGGGCUGUGGGGCUCCUGAUACAGGCCCUGGAGCAGAGUGACCGGCAGGAUGUGGCUGAAGAGGUGCGUGCCAUCUUGGAACUUGGCCGCCACAAGUACCAGGACAGCAUCCGGCGCACAGGCCUGGCCCAUGAGGACCCCACCCUGCCUGGCUCCUCAGCUUCACAGCCUCCAGAACCUGCCCAGGCCUAACUCACACACUUUAGCUGGCCCUUGACAUGCUGUGGCUGAUGGGCAGACUCCCCGCCCUUCUGCCUUCUGUGUUGAAACAGUGCCUCUGUGUGCAAAACAAACAAACAAAAAAACCCUGCACUGUUCCAUCGGCCAUCUCAAAA